GUUGUGUUUCCUGCCGGGUUAGGAGUGGUUGAGAAGUUUUAGUCAGAGAGAAGUUGAACAGUUAUUUAUGAAGUCCUCAAAAAACGAAGGGUGCCAAACUACAUCUGCAUUGGCCUGAAAAUAUGGAAAUUCCUGCCAUAAGCAUCAAGGCCAUAGUACUAGUGCACUGGCUACUGACCGUCUGGGGCUGCAUGGCCUGGCUGCCGUCCUCCUAUGCCUGGGGUAACUUCAGUGUCCUGGCUGUGGGCGUGUGGGCCAUCGCUCAGAGGGACUCCAUUGAUGCUGUACUUAUGUUUCUGAUUGGGAUUGCAGUGACGAUACUGACAGACAUUAUCCAUUUUGGGAUCUACUACCCGCUCAUUGACGGUCUAUCUGAGAGGAACCGGGACACAUUCCGCUUCAGUGCGGGCAUGGCCAUCCUGGGCCUGCUACUCAAACCUGUCUCCUGCUUCUUCAUCUACCAAAUGUACAGAGAGCGCGGAGGAGAUUACAACGUCAACUUUGACUUCGAGACCUCAGUGGACAGUCGCUGCACCACGGAUAGUGCUGACAGUGCUUUUAUUGGCUGCCGCUACUGAUCCCCAUCCUCUUCUUUUUCAUCAUUCCUUUCCUUCCAUCAUCCUCUCCUCCAUCCUCUCCUCCCCUCACACAGAAAGUAAAGGAAACCGCUGGGCUGAAGAACUACAGGCCUACCUCACUUUUUGUUCUGUUUUCUGACUGUCCACUCUUUUACCUCUGGCCACAUGACUGCAAAAUCUAUAGUUCAGUGUUCUGUACUCAUGUCUUCCCAUUCAUACUCCUCUGCCAAUCACAUACUAUCUACAUGUCCCUCCUUCCUAUCUAAAUACUGAAACUGUCAUCACUGCCCCCUACACUCCAUGAAAAUGAUCUUUACAUAUUCUUGCUUGAUGUUUGUGCUUUUAUGUGUGUUUUUGUGUUUGUAAGACAAAAUAGCUAAGAAUAAGGUUGAACAAUUUAGGUCAUAAACAGAUGGUUGGAGAUUUUAACACAACUUUGAGUACUUAAAGGGAUACUUCAGGAUUUUGGCAAGUUAUACUUCCCCAGAGUCAGAUGAACUAGUGGAUACUAUUUUUAUGUCUGUGUCCAGAUUGAAGAAUGUUAGAGGUAGUUUUGUGAGCCAAUGCUGACUAGCGUUAGCGCAAUGACUGGGAGUCUAUGGGUAUCUACUAGCAUGCUAAUUAAUUUAUGCUGAACAUUUUUGAAGUUGUAUUUUUAAU